AUGAUUUGGCUUGGACUCUACUUUUUCUUCAACUUGUCACUCACAUUGUAUAAUAAGAUUAUCCUGGCUUUAUAUGAUUUCCCUUUCCCUUGGACACUUACAGCCAUACAUACUCUCUGUGGAGCCAUUGGUUCUUAUUGCUUCUGGAAAGCUGAUUUGUUUACACCUGCUUCACUUGGAGAACAAGAAAACAUGGUCAUGUUGGCCUUUUCAGUCCUUUAUACUAUCAACAUCGCUAUCAGCAACGUAUCACUAAACCUUGUUACUGUGCCUUUUCACCAAGUUGUCCGUGCCAUGACUCCUGUCUUCACUGUCAUGCUCUCUAUCAUGUUUUUGAACAAGACUUAUUCUACAAUGACAUAUAUUUCAUUAUUACCUGUGGUAUUGGGUGUUGGUUUCGCUACUUUUGGCGAUUACGAUUAUACUCGAUUGGGUUUUAUUUUAACUGUGCUUGGAACUCUUUUGGCUGCUAUUAAAACAGUCGUGACAAACCGUGUUCAAGUUGGACGUCUCAAGUUACACCCAUUAGAUCUCUUGCUUCGUAUGUCUCCUCUUGCUUUUGUUCAAACUAUGAUUUACUCUUACGUCACUGGUGAAAUGGACCAAGUCAUGGAGUUUUGUCAAACUAAAUUAACCGUGUCUGUCUGUGUUGCCUUGUUGAUCAACGGUGUUCUUGCUUUCUUUUUGAAUGUAGUCAGUUUUACUGCUAACAAGAAGACUUCUGCAUUGACCAUGACUGUUGCUGGUAAUGUGAAGCAAGUACUUUCUAUUGUUUUGGCUGUGAUUAUCUUCAAUUUGACUAUUACAUUUACAAACUCCAUUGGUAUCAUUCUGACCCUGGCUGGUGGCGCUUGGUACACGUAA